AUGUCCUCUUCGAGUCGCCGGCACAGCCCCUUGGCCCAUGACCAAACCCUGCCGGGGAUUGCCAAAUCCCCCGAGCACCCGCGGCGCGGGAGCCGCGGUGUCCCCAUUCUGCCCCCCCGGCCCGUCCGUCCAUCCAUCCAUCCGUCCGUCCCCGCGGGCAUGCCCCAGCGAGGCCUUUCCCAGAGGCAGAGGAGGGCGGUGGCGGCCACCAGCCCGGCGGUGACCCGGGCAGCCGAGCCCGCUGGCCCCAGCCCCGGAGGCGGCAGAGCUUCCUCCCCCGUCGGGGCCCCUUCCCCGCUGGCCAACGCCGCUGCUGCCGGGGCCGGGCAGGGGCUGCCGGCCGCACGGCGUGGCAUGGAAUGGCACAACACAAUGCCACCCUCGUGGCUCGGCCGCCACACAUCUGGCAGGCAGCUGAGAACCGGGCAGCUCGGUGCAGCAGUGAGCGCCCAGCCAGAGCCCCUGCGGUCCCCCGGCUGUGCCCCCGCGGCCACCCGCAUCGCCCAGGGCAGGGUGGGGGCGGCCGAGGGGCCGUGUCGGGGGGCACGGCGCACCCAGCACACGUGGCAGCGGGGGGCCCCCCCUCCAUCCCCACCCCGCCCCGGGGGGCCCGUCCCCCGCCCUGCCCCGCCGGAGGGGCCCCCCGCGCUGGCGGGGGUCCAGCCCGGCUCAGACGCUGAGGAAUGCGGAGGAGCCGCGGGGGGCAUGGGGCCCGGGCGGCGGGGCGGGGGACCCCUUGCCUGCACCCCCGUGCUGGCUGAGGGGCCGGCCCCAGGGGGGGGUUCCUGUCCCAGGCUCCCACGGAGGGAGGAGCUGCCCCACAGCAUCGCACCACUGAGCCCCCACCCCCCGGCCCCAUGGCGGGGUCCCUCCUCUCCAGUGGGGGGUCCCUGCCUAAGCAUCCGCCUCCUCCCACCGCUGUGGGGGCUGACCCGUCCCCUGGGGCAGGGACACCCUCCUGAGCCCCUCCGGCCACGGGGCCCGCCCCAUAGUGGGGUCCCUGCACUCUGGGGGGUCUUCAGCCUGAGCCCCACUGCGGGACCUGCCCAUGGGGUGUCCCCACCCUGA